AUGUUACAUAUGAAACUGAAGAAGUGAUGAAAGCUGUCUUAGAGAGAACACAUAAACUUGACGAUGCCAUUCUAGAGAUUAAAGAACACAUUCCACCACCGCCACCAAAACCACGCCCAAUGUAUGAAAAUAAAGUGCUCAUUAAAGGAAAGAAUCCGAACACAACAUCUGAUGGACUGGAGAAUUUCUUGGAGGCAAAGGCCGGUGUGACACCUACCAAUUAUUUACCUGGAGAAGAGGAAGACACUGUGCUGGUGACAUUUGAAAAACCACCAGAUUUUGAAAAACUUGAACUUGCUUGUAAAAAGAGAGCGUUGGACAAGCAUUUCCUGAAAGUGUACCGAGUGCCGAUAUCCAACUGUAUCAUUGUAAAAGGAACAUCAGAAAAAACCAGCCUCAGCACAUUGGAGUUUUACUUCGAAAAUACCCGAAGAAGUGGGGGAGGUGAUGUGACAGAGGUCAAAGAUCAGGAAGAUGGAUCAUACCUUGUCUACUUUGAAGAUCACUCAGUGAUUGACAGUGUGUGUGCACGUUCCCAUACAGUGGAUGGACAAACCCUACAUGUUAAACUUUUCCAUGAACUGAUAGGUGACUCUGGAGAAGAUGGACCCAAAUUUAAGGUUCCUGGUACAUUGGUUAUCACUGAUAUAGAUCCCAGGAAAAUCCAGUUCGUCAAAUUUUCUCAACCAAACAAAGAGGGUUUAGAAAAGCAGUUGGAAACACAUCAUACAAAAAUUCUUUGGCCUGAAAAACUAACUGAUCCAGUUAAACUGGAAUGUUUACUGACCAAAGAUAUUAAAGAUUGUAGGACUUUGGCAAAAAAUUGGAAGCAGACAGCACAGUCUAGCCUUGACAAGUUUCUUGAUGUCUUGAUUGUUUUUAAACAUGAUAUUCUCCAGGAAGCGUGGGCCAAUGUAAUGGAACAGCUCCAGAACAUGAGCAUAUCUCACCCUGAUGGUGUCAUGGUAGCCGUGGAAAAGGUCAGUUUUGAAAUUUUUGUCAUGGGACAUAAGAAAUUUGCAACUGAUGUUUCUGAAAAUGUUAACAAAAUCAUUAAAGAGAUUGCUGAUGAGUUAGAAAGAAAGAAGAAACAGGUUAAAGAAACUACAGCACCAUUAAAGCAUCACCAGGUAAUGAUGUUGAGUAUCACACAUUACAAAGAGACAAUGGAAAAGAAGUAUCAAGGAAUGAAAAUCUUGAUAGAUUUUAAAGGUAGAACAAUAACAUACGAAGGUCUGUAUAGUGAGGUGACUUCAGCAAAAGUGGAUAUGUAUGAAAUCUUAAAUUCUAUGGUGUCCAGUCAGGUUUCUGGUUAUAACAAGGGGAAAUAUGCUUACCUCCAGGAGAAGACAGUGAAACAAUAUGUAGCUGGAAAAAUGAAAAAGGAGAAAAUAACAGCUGUCUGGGAAAUGAAUGACAAUAGUUUUGUAGUGUUCGCUCAGGCAGAUGAAGAUGCAGUACGGGCAGCACAUAUUCUGAAAGGUUCUGUUCUGGAGACAAUCAUUGAUGUGAAGAAAGAAUCCACUCCACUACUGUCAUCUGACCGAUGGGCAAACGAGGAGCAAGAUAUCAAAAGUUCUUGCAGUGUUUUGGUGCAGAUGAAAGUUGAGAUUGACAAACCAUGUAUUGUUGUAUAUUCUACUGAUCAAGAUGCUGAGACUGUGAGAGAACGAGUUGUUGAUUUCUUAUCCAUGAACACUGUAUACAAGAGCAAACUAACUGUUAACACAGGGAUGUUGAGGUUUCUACAGGUCCACUGUUUAAAAGAAAUCAAAGCCAUUGCAGAUCAGUACAAAAUAGACCAAGUCUCUAUUGAUGUCAACAACCUUGGCAUUGAAAUCAAAGGAACAGAGAUAGGAUUGAAUAAAGCUAAGAUGGCUAUAGGUGGGGUCAUUGAUGGUGUUGAGAAAAAAGAACAUGUCUUGAAAAAACCAGGCAUUACAAAACUUAUGACAUCUGAUGAUAGUAUGCCAAAAAUAAGUCAAGUAGAAAAAUCACAUGGCGUUGUAAUUGUACCAAGUGAUGAAAGUGAAGAUGAUGUAGAUGGAGGCAGAACUCGUCUAACUCCAGAUCCAAGACGACGGGAUGGUUUUCAGGAAAUGGCCAGUUGUUCCCAACGUGGCUUUCACCUCAAAGUUAUGAUGGGGGAUAUAACCAACCUGAAGGUAGAUGUGCUGGUCAAUGCCGCUAACAGGGAACUCCUGCAUAAUGGAGGACUUGCGAAGGCCAUCGUUGAUAAAGGAGGGAAAAACAUACAACAGGACUGUUCAAAAUACAUCAAAGCGCAUAAACACCUGAUGGAGGGCGAUGUGUAUUUUGGGAUUGCUGGAAGUCUAAGUUGUAACUACAUUGCCCAUGCUGUUGGGCCAAAAUGGCAGGGAGGGCAUUUUAGGGAAAAGGAAUUGCUACAGGAGGCAGUGUUCAAGUGUCUAGAGGAGACUGACAACCGCCAGCAGACAUCAAUCGCACUGCCAGCUCUCGGAGCAGGUGUUUUUGGCUAUCCUGCUGACAAAUCCACCAAAGCCAUUGUAAAGACUAUUGAAGAAUUUUACAUAGACAAUCCUAGAUCUUACAUACAGGAGAUUUAUCUGUGUGAUGUCAAUCAAAGCAAUGUUGACCAUUUCAUCAAGGCAUUGCAGAAACAAUAUGGAGCAGGGAAUGUCAAGGUUUCAAGUUCUAAUGGAGGAGCUAGGGAAAAAUGGUCAUCCCCUCAGCCCAAGCCAAGGAAGGGCUGGAAAAAGGCACAACCAGAUGUACCAUCCCACUCUCCUUCAGUCCAAAAUGCUAUAAACAUUUCCAUACAUCUAGUGAAGGGACAGAUUGCCCACCAAAAGGUUGAUGUGAUUGUAAACACCUGCUCCAAGGACCUGAAACUGAGUAAUGGAGCAGUGUCCUCCUCACUUCUGACUGCUGCUGGACCUCAGAUGCAAAAUGAAUGUGAUCAAAAGUAUCAGGGCAUCUCAUUUGGUGAAGUAGCCAUCACAAAAGGAUACAAUCUCCAUUGUCAACAUGUCUGUCAUGGUUCUCUGCCAGGCUGGGAUGGAGGAGCAAUAUCUCUGGUUACUCUCCAGAAAUUCAUGAUGUCAUGUCUGGAAGAGGCAACCAACAGAGGUUGUGGGUCUAUAGCCUUUCCGGCCAUGGGAACAGGAAACCUCAAUUACCCACGUGACAUUGUGGCCAGGGAAAUGUACAAAAUAGUGACCAAGUACUCGAAUCAGAACCCUUCUAGUCCUGUGCGGAAGGUUUUAUUUGUGAUUUAUGACAAGGAUGUUCCCACAGUAAAAGCCUUUGAAACUGCAGAACAGUCUCAAGGCAAGUCUCCUGCUAAGGGUGGAAACCGAUAUUCUAGACAAUACAGAACUCCUAGUCAGGAAGACUAUGGUCAACACCAUCAUCAAGGUAUUUUGGCCAUGGGCAGGGUAUCCUCCAGACUUUCGACUUCCACAGAGAGACUUGAUGACACUGCCAUGUUCAAAGCACCUUUAUCAUUACACACACCCCCUGUGAUAUCCCGAUAUCCCACUUCACCACUUACAAGAGCUUCCCCAGUGUCCAACCUUGCUAGCAUUGACAACGAUGCAGACAGUGAAAGCCUAGAGGAAGAUGAAGAUCAUAUAAGACAUUUACAUCGUUCGAAGUCAGAUAUCUUAACUAGUAACCUUUAUAAAGGUCAAGGGUCAGAUUUAGAUAAAAGACCAUACCAUCAUUCUAAAUCAUUUCCAGAAAUAUUAGAGGACAAGAUUGGAAACAAAAUUCUUGGUCCAAAUUACCGACUUGAAGACAGAGAUAUAGACAAAGCAAUGGGCAUUAUAAAAAAACAGUUCCCUCAUAUAGGAGGGUUAGAGGAUGCAUCAGUUGUAGCACUAGCAUCAGUACAGAACAUCAGUGAGAAAUACCAAAGGCAAUUCAUCCAGAUUUGUCACACGGGUAAAAACCACUGGGUGACCCUCACUAACCUUUUGGGUCAGGGGUUAAAAGGUCAUGUCAAAGUAUAUGAUAGUUUCUACAGAGAUCCCACGUCCCAGUUAAUGUUAGAUGUUGUGUGUCUUUUGAAGCCCCAGGAACUGUUUCUUAAACUGGAACUACCAAAAUAUCAGAAACAGAAUUUUAAAGGGGAUUGUGGACUUUUUGCCAUUGCUGCUAUGGUAAGCUUAGCAAAUGGCAAUGACCCAUCCCACAUGGUGUGGGAUUGCUCCAGGAUGAGGGGCCAUCUUGUUCAAUGUUUUUCAUCAAACAGUUUGACUGAAUUUCCAAUUGUCAGUGGAUCGAGUUUGGCUGACAUUCCAGAUGAGAAUUUUCUGGAAAAGAAAUUUUAUAAAAUUGUUCUGUGUGUUUCUUGUAGAAUGGCCUUGACUAGAAGGGAUAAGCAGAUUAACUGUGGGCAUUGUGGAGAAAAAUGCCAUGAUAAAAAAGACUGCAUUGAUGAACAAUUCAAGCUAUGUGGACAUUGUAUGAUUAAGCUGUCAAAUGUUUAAGUUCCUGACACUGUUUUGGUAAAUGGUCGAGAACUAGAGCAUUUCAUUAUUAAACUGCUUUCUGUGUAGAUGUAUAGGCUUAAAAUUAUCUACAUGACUUUGCCGAAAUUGUUGAUUAUUGACAAGAUGACUUUUUAUGGUAAGGUGACAAGUGCUUUGAUGCCAUGGCAUAUUACAGCCAUCAUCAUUCCCUUUUCCUCAAUAACCAAGAGGUUCAAGAUCAAAAUAUUGGGCCACUACAGCAUGCUGGGAUAAAUGACAGGAUAAAAGGUUGAUAGUUUUGGUCAAAAUGAUGACCUGUACUUACUUUAAAAAGUCAUUUUGGUUGAAUGUGUUGAUUUUUUCAAUCAACUUCUUCUCAAUAACCAAAGGGACACAGGGUGAUGAUAAUGGGCAAGUAACAUGCUGAGAUGCAGUGCACUCAGUAAAUGACCUUGACCCAGUUUUGAAGUCACUUGGGUCAAAUGUGUUAAAACUCUUUAAAAACUUAUUAUUAACCAAGAGACAUAGGGUUUUGAUACUGAUCAAGUAGCAUGCUGAGAUAAAGACUUCAAAAUUUAUACAACUGAAUAACCUUGAUCUUUUUUCAAUGGCUACCAAGUUUGUUGAAAUGAGAGAUGUUGACCCACGUUCAAGGUCACAGGGAUGAAAUUUUUUGAAAUUAUUAAAUGACUUAAACUUGGUAAACAUGAGGUGCAAGGUCAUGAUUUUAGGAGAAUAACAUGCUCAGAUGAAUGGCUACUUGGUUUAUGAAAAUUAAUGACCUGGCCCGAUCUUCCAGGUCACAUGGGCAAUUAUUUUAAAAUGUUUUUGUAACAUGCAAGAGAAACAAGGUCAGGAUAUUGUGCUAAUAGCAUACUAGAUUGAAGGGCUACCAAAUUAGUUCAAUGGAAUAACUCAGAUGCACUUCAAAUGACACAGGAGUCAAUUGUGUUAACAUUAUUUGCAUGUAUAACAGGUCUAAUGGUUGUGGUGUUUUUAUGGUAGCAUGUUUGGGACUUUGACUUCAUGUUUGCAGAAAUUACUUAAUGGACAAAGUCUUCUAUAAAAGUUGCAAAACAUUUGGGCGAUUCAGGUCCAUUCAUUGCCUCUCUCUAUGACUAAAAAAUUCCUACAUUCUCUUUUGAAAAAAAGAAAUGUAACUUAAAUCCUCUCUCUGUUUAAUGAGUUACACUUUAAAGUGCUACUUUGUCAUGCUGUGAUUAAUUAUUAGUGUUUUUA